AUGACUACCGAGAAAGAACCGGAGCUACGUGAGCAGGACAAAUGGUUGCCGAUAGCCAAUGUUUAUCGCAUUAUGAAGAACGCGUUACCCAAGAAUGCCAAAGUAUCCAAGGAGGCCAAAGAGUGCGUACAAGAAUGCGUGAGCGAGUUUGUGAGUUUCAUCACAUCGGAGGCGUCUGAAAAGUGCGCCGCCGAACGCCGCAAAACAGUAAAUGGCGAAGACAUUCUAUUCGCAAUGACCUCUCUGGGGUUUGAAAAUUACUCCGAAGUGCUCAAGAUCUACUUGACAAAGUACCGUGAAUAUUUGGUCACAAAAGAUAAAGGGAAACGAAGUGGCAGCAUAAACUCCGCUAAUACCUCGAGUAACCAUCUUCUCGGUGAUGCUUCUGGCCACACUCAACACGAAGAUGUAAGUAGUGUUGGCUCGGUUGCAGGCGGCGAGGAGCUCACCUUGGACGGCGACGACGUCGAUCUGGAGCACCGCGACAGCUAUUCCUACAGCUCGUUUGAUGAAACGACCGGUAAUGAGGUUAUUUAUGAACAGUACACUGACGAUUUUACUAAUGUUGACAUGGCCGAAUUCGCCGGCAACGAUGAGAGUAAUUAA